UAUUCUUUCCUCUUUUUCUCUCCGUUCCCAUUACUGGAAGAAUGAAAUGAAGAGAUAGAAACCCCAAAAGGCCAAGGGAAAACAUAAGUGUGACUUUGGUCGUAGCAAAUGCGUGGUACCAAAAAGAUGCAAUUAAACUAUUGAAUUGGAAGCUGAGUUAGUAGUAAUUUGAGAGAGAGAGAGAGACUCAUCCACUUCUUCCAUUUCCACGCCUUCUUCAUUCACACAACACAACAUAACACAAAAAGCUCUCCCUAGUAUCUAGAGACAGAAUUUCCAACACACUCGCUUCUCAGAGCGCGUGCCCUUCAAACAUGAUCAUCAUCCACUUCUUCCUAGGACCUGUCUCAGAUUCUUCAUAGAGGAGUACUGCUGCUGAUCACUGGAUCUUUCAAAUUUGGAAUGGUUUGAUGGGAAACAUGAGUUGCAGCUUCAACCAGACUGAUUCAGUUGAGUGCUGUGAAGCUGAAAUUCAGAAGGCUGAUUCUCAGGAAUCUGGUCCUCCCUUGAAGAAGUCAAAAACUGAAAUUUUGGCCUCUCAAAAUGUAGAUAACUGUGAAAUGGAGGAAAGUGAGGAUAGACUUAGUGACAUGCCGGAUUGUAUUAUCCAUCAUAUCUUGUCAUUUAUGGAAACAAAGGAUGCAAUUCAAACUUGUGUUUUAUCGAAGCGGUGGAGGUACCUUUGGGCUUCAGUUCCCUGCCUGAAUUUCAGCAGCAAAUCAUUCAUGCGAUUGGUUGACUUUAAGAAGUUUGUGCUGUGGGUCCUAAACCAUCGCGAUUCUUCUCAUGUCAAACUUCUUGUUUACUACCGUUUUGGGGUAGAUUAUGCGACAGAUCAAGGUCUAUUGAAUAAGGUUAUUGAAUAUGCAGCAUCACAUGGGGUGGAAGAAAUCAAAAUCAAUCUCCGGGCAAAAACUGCUGGCAGAACCUCUGGCAGUCCACCAGUUGAAAUUCCUUUUUCUUUAUUUACUUGCCAAUCUUUGAAAAAGCUCGAGUUAAAAGAUUGCCAUCCUACGAAUGGGUCAUCAUCCCUUUUAGGUUGCAAAUCAUUGGACAUUUUGCAUCUGGAACAGUUUUCAAUGCAUCCUGUUGCAGCUGACUUUUCAAAUCCAUUUGCAAGUUUGGCAGAACUAUUUGGUUUUACAACUUUGACAACUCUGCAUCUAAAUAACUUCAUUCUGUGUUAUACAGGAACUGACUGUCUGGAUCCAUUUGCUAAUUGUGUCCAUUUGAAGAAUUUGCACCUAAGUGAAAUGUCCUUUAAGUCAGAUUUGAACCCUAAGGAUUUUGUGAUAUCUGCUCCUAAACUUAGUAACUUGAAUCUGAUGUGCAACCGCUUUAAAUGCAAGAUUGUAGUUGCUGCACCACAGCUUUCCAAUUUCAUUUACUUGUAUUCUACACCUUGUGCCUUUUUUGAGUUUCGGCUUCCUUCUAUGGAUGGCUUGGUCAUUGAUAUACAUGAACCACAUGAUCGAUUGGAAAAAUGUCGUCGAAGGAAAAAAGAGGAGACUUUACAUGGUUUGAUCAAUAUGUUACAGGGACAUCAUAAUGCAGAAGCUGUUAAACUAUCCUUCUGUACAGUUAAGGUUACUUGUGGAGCGUCAGCCCUUGUGAAGCCAGCAUGUUUGCCUUCUACUAAAUUGAAGUCAUUGAACUUUGGAGUUGGAUCAACAUAUAAAAUCUUCAUCAACAACCUUGACCAUAUAACAGCCUACUUCCGCAAUUGUUCUCAGCAUGCAGACUUUGAGAUUGUGACUGUUUAGAAUGUAUUCAAAGGAUACUUUGCAGAGGAGGUUUGGCUCAUGCUGAGGUUAAAGUUAACCCCAAUACUUGGAUCCUUAUGAUCUGAAACAAGAAUUAGUGCUUGGUAUAAUUUGAUUGGGAAGAAACUGGGAUAUAUUCAUAUAUGUGGUUGAUUUUUGAAAAACAGGCUAUAAUGAAAUAGAAAUUCAAAUACUUUUUUUUGCAAAUUUGUAUCUUGACUCUCAUUUUAUGGUCAUAUCUCCCCCCUCCCCCAAUGAAUGAAUACAGACCUUUUUUAUUUUAAAAUA